ACGAGAACACAACCUCGGGCCACUGAAGGCAACAACCCAACGAGCGUAGGGCAUACCCAUAUGUAAAGCGAACACUAGUGUGUGGCGAUUAAAUAUGUGGAUCGUGAAAGGUAUUCUGUCCUCUGUCGUCCUCAAAGGACAUUACAGUCUGUUCAGUCGUCCUCCUCCAAGCUCCUUGCCUGACUAUGCACUCCGAUUCUUGCACUUCACCUGUUGUAGAAGUAGCAAAAUAAUGUUUUCAGAGUUUGAUAGCUCGAAUGCAUCCAUUUCCCCUGAAUUGAGACAAGAAAAUGCCAAAGCCCUGGACUCAUGUUACACUGAAGAGCAACGUGCAGUCAUCCUCCAGCGUCUCAAUACAGCCACAGAGUCAGAACUGGAACAGGUUAAAUUGCUGCGAGGACGGAAAUCGGUCAACAUUGUCAAGUACAGGACCAGACAUGGACCAUUCAGCAGUCUGGAGAGUGUCAUUAACGUGCCCUUACUGAAAUACAAGAGCGCCGUCAUGGUGUUCGACUCCAUUCUUAAUCCAGAUAACAAAAGGAAGAGGAACAAGGGGAAAGUCCAUCUGGCUAAAUUUAUAAAACCAGAUGUUAAUCGAGCUCACUUGGAGGAUGCAAGCUCUAUCAUAUCCAUUGUUUGUGGCACAAACAAAAUUGCUUGGGCCCACAUGGACCGGGCAAGAACUGUCCUCGACUGGCAGCAAGCAGAGUGCCAGAGUUUUAUGAAAGGCACGUAUCUGGCAUCUGAUUAUUUGGAAGAUAUUUCUUCAGUUAUUUCAAGCUUUCCUGCUGCUGACUUCUUUUUAGUGGAAAAGCCAAGUAUCUCUCCUCAGAAUACAUCUUUAUUUCCAGUCAUGGUCCAUCUCCGCACAGUAGAGGCCAUGCUAUUUGCUUUACUCUCUCAAGCCAGGGAACCAGGAAGCCCCCCUAAAGUCCUUAACAUGAUGCGCAUAUCCGUUGGUCGCCAUUUUGACCUAAUGGUGGGAGACUGUCGGACAAGUGGAGCUGAGACACUGAGAAAGAUGAUGACGGAUUCGGUGAUGAAGCGAGACCCACGUGUUCUUUUCCCUCAUGACCUGGUUUUAAAGCACAGGAACUCCUUUCAGAUGAGUAGUAGGAAUAAAGGGGAAGAGAUGUGUGAUGCUCUACUGCAAGCUGUUGCAUUUUUUGAGCUCCUGCAGGAGUGAAUCACCACCAGAUGACUGUUUGACUUAUUUUGGACUUGAUCAGCUGAGUGCUAGGAAGUUCCUUCAGCCAUUGAGUAAAACAUUACGCAAUACUUUUCUAAUUCAUUACCCAAGACUUUAUUGAUUUACCCGGGUGUUAAACUGGAACAUAGUCAGGCUUUAAACGUUAAAUGGCAACAACAUGGUAUUUUACAUGUCAUUACAGCCCUAUUCAAAGGUGGCACUUAGUUUUAUACAACAAGCCUAACUGUCUUUUUCUAUUAAGAGACCUUGCUCUGGGUUGGAAGCUAAAUGUUUAUCUUAAGGGUGCUAAUUUAAACCCCACAAAGAUUAAGCUGUCAUCGUUGGAAAUUUGAGAAAGGCCCUUAACCCUUUGUUGCUGCUUAAAGGGAAUGUGUACUGCCCCUUGGAUUAAAGUAUCUGUUCAAAGUCA